AAGAAUUUUAUAAUACACCUUAAACAGGGCUAAUAAAUUUGUUUGUGCAUCUCUGUCAGUCGGCAUCAACAACCAAAAUUUGAGGUUCAUAUCAUAAAAAAUGCAUAGCAGCUCGGUGACUUUUCUUUGCAGAAGGCGAUUCUCCUACGUCAACAGUCUCCAGCGCGACCCAAGAGACAGGCUAUUAAAAUCCAUCCCGUCCAUCUUCAAACUUCCUCUGUUAUUCUACGACUAUGCAAUAUAAAAUUCAGAUAGUUGGACUUAAAGCACUGCACUUGGAUUUGUAUAAUUUAUGUAUCCAUAUCCAUAUAUUCUUAAUGCAUGCUAGAAUAGGGCCUCAUUUUACCCAUUUAAUAUACCCGUUUUAAAAUAACCAGAUGCCUCGACCCGGUGCAGUUGUUUACUUCCGCACGCAGCAUAACUCAGGAUCCUAUUCCCACGCUCAUAUCUUCACUAAAAUUCAAAUUCAAAUAUGUUGUAACCACUCUCAACUGUUAUGAUCAAUGGACCAGCCACCAUCUCCACGCAGAAAUCCUUCCCGAUCGACAGAUAUGGUGCUCGACGAAAAAGACUCGGCACGUUCUACAGAAAGUGAAUUGGCAGGACGCAAGCGAGUAGUUCGGACGGGUGAUCCAUACUACGAGGCAGCCGUUAAACGUCGCAGCGGUGGAACAGCACUCGAUGAAUUCUUGCACAAGAGGAUGCUUUCAACGAUGCCUUCAAAUGUCAACACAAGGAACAAUGCUAAUACAAAUGCUGAUAAAGUUUUUACCGAAAGGCAACCUCUCCGAUCUCUUGACAUCAAUGCGCCUGCUCUGAACAUCCCUUUGUCAACUCAGCAGCACGUCCCGGGGUUCAAUCAAACGCAGCCAUGUGUCACACAAAACUCUUUAUCUGGAAGUGUCGGCCAGUAUGCUCCUGCUCAUUAUAAUCAACCAAAAGAAAAUGUUGUCAAAAGUAGUGGCCAUGAGAACAAACAAUUAUAUAUUGAUGGAUGUGGUAAUUCUGAGGCUCCCAGACGUAGAGGAAGAGGUCCUGCAGUUUCAAAGUUGUAUUCGCACAUGCUUGCUGUUGAUGCUCCAGUUGUAUCAAAAAAAGACUCAGUAAAAAAGGAUGUUUCAAAGCCGCGACGUCGUGGUCCAGGGGUUAACAAAAUAAUAAAUUCCCAAGAAUCAGUGAUUGAUCUUAACAAAGCGCCGAAGGCUGCAAAGAAACCAAGAACCAGAGGUCUAGGAAUUGAAAAAUUAUUGGCGCAGAGGUUUGGUAAUGAAGAUGGCAAUAAAACAGAUGACAUUAAUACACCAUGCACACAGGGAGCUACUCACAAGUCUCCAACUACUGCCGAUUGCAGGACUCCCGGUAGCACUGUAACCUACCAGACAAGUGUUCCUCACUUGCACAGCACAAACAGGCAUGCUCCUCACAACACGUCUGAGAAUUCAAGUUCUACUUUCGCAUCGUCUUAUGUGUUGUCCCGGCUACACGAAUCAGAGUCUAGCAGACCUUUCCGGCCAAGUAGUGGCGCGUCUACGUCUGGUGUUAAGGAUCUCUCCCGGGAUUUUGACGAUGCAGCUGAUGAUACAGAGCAUGAUAAUCUGUAUGAUGAAGGUGAGGAUGCGACUGAGGAUUCUAAUCCUGAUAUGUGGCAAGGCUAUGCCAACCUCGGUCCUCCAAAUGCUAUUUGCCGACAAUGUAACGGAAUAAUGUGGGAUAUGGAGCGCAACAAUAAAUCAAAUCCGAAUGCAGCUCCUAUUUUCUCAUUGUGCUGUAAGAGUGGUCAAGUUGUUCUCCCCCCGGAGAAGCAUGCUCCUGAGCCAUUAUCUUCUCUACUCUAUGGAGGUUCCAGUACAAAACAUUUCCGAAAGAAUAUCCGCGUGUAUAAUUGUAUGUUUGCAAUGUGUUCAAGUGGUGGGAAAGUCGACCACAAAAUUAAUAGAGGUGGAGCGCCUUUCUGUUUCAAGAUUAGAGGACAGAAUAUGCACUUUAUUGGAAGCCUCAUUCCCGCUGAGGGGGAAAAACCAAAGUUUUGUCAGCUAUACAUAUACGAUACUGAUAAUGAAACUGAAAAUAGAAUUGGAGCUGUCGGUUCAAGUGCGGAUGAUGUGGAUCCAGUUAUAGUUCAAAGUCUAACACGGAUGCUUAAUGAGAAUAACAAGUUGGUGAAAUAUUUUCUCACUGCUCAGAGGAGAUUCCGAGAUAAUGGACAAGAUGAGUUCAAGUUGAUACUCAUAUCAUCACAAGCAGAAAAUGGUCGUCCGAACAUUAUUGGUCCAUCCAAUGAGGUUGCAGGUUUGAUUGUUAAUGCCAGUGCAGAUACAUCUGGGUGUAGAGACACUGUGUGCCAAACUAACCAAGGUUACCUAAAGCGUGUAUUUGAGACAGAUGCUUAUUUCAUGCAGCUCCAGUUUCCUCUUUUAUUUCCACUAGGAGAUGAUGGAUAUCACACGGAGAUUCCACUGAAAAGGGUUAAAAAUAGAAGACAAGCACCAAUUGAUAGCACUGAUGUAGAAGCUGAACGGAAAAUCAGAGAGCAUGUUUCAAUGAAAGAAUAUUAUUCAUAUAAAUUGAUGAUACGGCUGAAUGAAGGUUUAACACCUCAUCUUGGUGGAAGAUUGUGGCAACAAUAUGUGAUUGACGCCUUCACUGCCAUGGAGCAGUACAGAUUGGACUGGAUAUCUGGAAACCAGACAACUAUUCGUUCUGAUCUUUAUACCUCUGUGCGUGAUGCUGUCCGUAGGGGAGAUAAUGAUCCCUCACAUGUUGGAAAAUGUGUUAUACUACCUGCCUCUUUUACAGGAUGCAAGCGCUAUAUGUCUCAGUAUUUGUGCCGCAUCAUUCCUUGAUUCAGAUUAUUGUUUUGGGUUUCAUCCUAGGAUUUUCUUUCUGUUAAAAAUGAAUUCUAUUCAUCCAGUUAGGCUUUGAUUUCAUAAGUUUCUUUUUAUCAGAUGACCUCAUUUGCUUUAUUAUUUCAUUAGACUAUGUCUGCUUUAUAAUUUUCAAAGAGCAUGAUUGCAUUUUUUAUUUGAGAUGUAUAGUCUGAAGGAUUUUUUAUAAAGCAAGAUGAUUUUGACAAUGUGA